UUCCACUAGAAGCCCGUCAGGCCAUCCUUCCUGUGGGCCUGGUUGACCUGAAGCAGCUUCCAAGAUGUCCCAGCAGCAACACACUCUGCCAGUGACCCUGCCCCCAGCCCUCAGCCAGGAGACCCUCAAGCCUGUUCCUCCUCCCGCUGAUACCCAGCAGGAGCAGGUGAAGCAGCCAACUCCACUGCCUGUCCCAUGCCAGGAGGUGCCCUCUGAGCUCCCAAGGGAGGUCCCCGUGGAGCAAGGAGAGAAAAACACAACUCCUGUGAAGGGGGUGCCGGAGCAAGACUGUGAGGCCCAGCAUCUGGAACAGCAGCAGGAGGAGCAACAGGAGCAGAAAGGGCAGCAGCAGCAAGAGGAACAGUGUGAGGACCAGGAAGCAGAAAACUUGGAGCAGCAGCUGGAGGAGACUAAAUCACAAAGGGGGCAACAGCUAAAGGAGCAGCUGGGACAGGAGAAGAAGCUCCUGGACCAGCAACUGGAUGGAGAGCUAGCAAAGAGAGAUGAGCAACUGGAGAAGAAAGGAGAGCAGCUGCUGGAGCACCCGGGACAGCAGGAGAAGCAGCCAGAGCCAGCAGAGCAGCUGGAUGGGCAGCUUGAGCAACCUGCAUGUGUCCCAGCUCCUGGCCAGGCCCAAGAGACCCACCCAGUCCAGCCACUGAAGGGAGAAGUCUUGCCCCCUUCAGAGGAGCAACAGCAGAAGCAGGAGGUGCAGUGGCCUCUCAAGCAUAAGUAACCACCCCCAGAUCCCAGAGGCCCUCAGGCCACCGUACAUAAGCGGAGAGCUGAACCAGUGGCCUCACUUACCUCAGGUCCCCCAGUCUGGAUGGCCCACCUCAUCUGUGAACCUGCCUGACCCUGUCCUUCUGCUUGUCUCUGUGAUAGAGUGGGAUGGGGGAGGGGGAAGCUAUUGCCCAGCACCUACUCCUGAUGACUCCAGUCCCACCCCAUCCCAACCUCAGGUGGCCAGAGCCUCUGCCUGAGGACAGUUACUAUAGC